AAGCUUGUCAUUGCAUGAUACAACAGACAAAUCACAGUGAAACUGCAAUUAUUAGUGGAGUCAUUUAUCGAAAAAUUUUGUGGAACUUCUAUAAUUAUGAAUACCAGCUUAAGUAAUCUAUCUACUAUGCUUAAUUUUGGCAAGCAAUGUAUUACGGCACCAACAUCAGCAGUGCGCCUCAUGUCAGCGACUGCUGUUCAGCCAAAAGAAAAAUUCUCUACCAAACCAAAAACAGGUGUUUUAAUGCUCAACAUGGGUGGCCCGCAAACUACAGAUCAAGUGCAUGAUUAUUUGUUACGGAUCAUGACAGACCGUGACAUGAUUCAGUUACCGGUUCAAAGCCGCCUAGGACCAUGGAUCGCAAAAAGGCGAACUUCAGAGGUUCAGAAAAAGUACCAAGAAAUUGGCGGAGGAUCUCCUAUACUCAAGUGGACUAACUUGCAGGGGGAACUCAUGUGUCAACAGUUGGAUAAAGUCUCUCCUGAAACUGCUCCACAUAAACACUACGUUGGAUUCCGUUAUGUCGAUCCACUAGUCAAUGAUUCGUUGAAGCAAAUUGAAGAGGAUGGCAUUGAACGUACGGUCAUAUUCUCUCAGUACCCGCAGUACAGCUGUGCUACUUCUGGAUCGAGUUUUAAUUCUAUAUAUGAUCAUUAUCAGUCGAACCCGGUACCAAGCAACAUGAAGUGGAGUAUAAUAGACAGAUGGGCACUGCAUCCUCUCCUGAUUAAAACUUUUGCUGAAAGGAUCAAAGAACAGCUGAUUCAAUAUCCAGAGGAGGUGCGAAAGGAUGUAUUAAUUCUUUUCUCUGCUCAUUCUCUUCCCCUCAAGGCAGUCAAUAGGGGAGAUGCGUACCCAUCGGAAGUAGGAGCCACAGUUCAGAUGGUGAUGCAAGAGCUGAAAUAUUCUAAUCCUUACAGUUUGGUCUGGCAAUCAAAGGUCGGUCCUUUACCCUGGCUAGCACCAUCUACCGAAGCUGCCCUAAAAGGAUACGUCGAACAAGGGAGAAAACACUUCAUCUUGGUACCGAUCGCCUUUGUCAAUGAGCAUAUUGAAACUCUUCAUGAAAUGGAUAUCGAGUAUUGUCAUGAUUUGGCAAAGGAGUUGGGAAUCGAAAAAAUUCGUCGAGCUGCUGCACCAAAUGAUCAUCCCUUAUUCAUAGAUGCCUUGACGGAUAUCGUUGCAACGCAUUUGAAAUCAGAUCAGCUGAUAAAUCCGAAAUUCCUUACCAGAUGUCCUCACUGUAUAAACACCAGAUGCGGUGAGAGCAAGUCCUGGUUUGCAAAGCUAUGCAAAGUAUAAAAUAGUGUGCACUUGUGAAAUAACUUGAAUCACAUAACUAAAAAUUUCUAACCAGGUAUAUAAAACAACUGUUCGUUCGUCCUGCAUUAUAGGUAAUAAUAAAAACAAUUUUCAAUUA